AUGAAGAGCACUCUCCUCACCGCGGCCGUGCUGUUGGGCGUGGCCCAGGCUGAAGUCCACAAGCUGAAGCUCAAGAAGGUUCCUCUCGAGGAGCAACUGAACGCCGUUCCCAUCGAGCACCAGGUCAGACAGCUGGGCCAGAAGUAUAUGGGCGCCCGCCCCGAUAACCAUGCCGACGCCAUGUUCAACCAGAAGCCCAUUCAGAGCAACGGCGAGCACCCGGUGCCUGUCAGCAACUUCAUGAACGCUCAGUACUUCUCCGAGAUCGAAAUCGGAACCCCUCCCCAGACCUUCAAGGUCGUUCUGGACACCGGAAGCUCCAACCUGUGGGUGCCGUCCCAGCAGUGCGGCAGCAUUGCCUGCUACCUGCACACCAAGUACGACUCUUCAGCUUCUUCGACCUACAAAUCCAACGGCUCUUCUUUCGAGAUCCACUACGGAUCCGGUAGCUUGACUGGCUUCGUCUCCCAGGAUGACGUUUCCAUUGGCGACCUCAAGAUCAAGAAGCAGGACUUCGCCGAGGCCACCAGCGAGCCCGGCCUUGCCUUCGCCUUCGGCCGCUUCGAUGGCAUUCUCGGUCUUGGCUACGACACCAUCUCCGUCAACAAGAUCGUUCCCCCCUUUUACAACCUUGUCAACCAGAAGGCCAUUGACGAGCCUGUCUUUGCUUUCUACCUUGGCGACACCAACGAGGAGGGCGACGAGAGCGAGGCCACCUUUGGCGGUCUUGACGACUCUCACUAUGAGGGCAAGAUCACCUACAUCCCCCUCCGCCGCAAGGCUUACUGGGAGGUCGACCUUGACGCCAUCUCCCUUGGCGACGAGACCGCUGACCUUGAGGGCCACGGCGCCAUCCUCGACACUGGCACGUCCCUGAACGUCCUUCCCUCUGCUCUUGCUGAGCUGCUCAACAAGGAGAUUGGUGCCAAGAAGGGCUACAACGGCCAGUACUCUGUUGAGUGCUCUAAGCGUGACGAGCUCCCCGACAUCACCUUCACCCUUGCUGGCUACAACUUCAGCAUCUCCGCCUACGACUAUGUCCUCGAGGUCUCUGGCAGCUGCAUCUCUACCUUCCAGGGCAUGGAUUUCCCCGAGCCGGUCGGCCCUCUCGUUAUUCUGGGAGACGCCUUCCUCCGCCGGUGGUACUCUGUUUACGACCUCGGCAAGAACGCCGUUGGUCUGGCCAAGGCUAAGAAAUAA